AAAAAUUUCUGUCAAAAUUUUAUAAGAGGCGAUGGCCGAAUUGCUAUCGCGCGAGAAGGAAUUCAUCAAAUUGAAUAAAGAGUUAGACCAGCUGGCCGUCACUUCAACGGAUCAACAAACACAAAGGCAUCAACAACUGCAACACCAGCACCAACAUCCCCUCUGUAAUAGUGUGGCGGACAGCGGCAGCGGCGGAAGUGGCGCAGGUACCAUCAGCGGGAGUGGUGUUUACAGUGGGCUAUCCAAACAAUUGUCCAAUAAACAGGAGCAACGUUAUUUCACGUACACAAAGUCCAAAGGACCAAGCACGUUGCUGAAGAAGCGUGCUAAUGGCAUUGGCGCUGGUGGCGUGGCUGGAGGGGGUAAUGGCGCAGGUGAUGGUAACUGCGAUAGACUCGCCGAAUUGCCCACCGAACGUAACAAUACACAUCGUAUGACACGCAAAGUGACUCAACAGUCCUCCACGUCCACCGCGCCUAGCAUGCGUCCGGAUGGUGACAGUAUUUUAGCCGCACAUUCUGAGACACCGAGAACCAACCGCACAAGUAGCACAAUGCAUAGAAAGCACAUCAACAGUCCCGACAGUGGGGCACGUACCUACGGGCGAGCGAGUAACUGCAGUUCACGAACUAAGGAGGCGGCAGGCUUCACAGUCAAAUACCGCAAUCCCAAAUUUGUGCAGAGUCCAUCUUUGGAGGUAUUAAUACGCGAUGAGGGCGCUGCGCUACGCGCGAAAGGGAGCAGCGAACUUGGCGAUAGUGGUUGUUCUUCACGUCGUUCUAUGGACACAACAGGAAAGAAACAAAUUAGCACCGAAGGCCUAAUUAAAUUUCUUAAAUCUAAAAUAGCCAUAAUCGAAGAGGAUCACGAGCGCAUUUCACAAGAGAUGUCCAACCAAAAGGAGAUGCUCGAUAAGACAUUGGAACGUAACAAAAAGCUAGAGCAACAGCGCGAUCAAGCAUUUUCGAAACAUAAUGCGAUUGCCGAGCAAUUGAACAAAACCGAGAAUCAACUAGAAGAGGUGAAUAGACGCAUCAAAGAGCGCAGCAUCGAACAGAACGCACAGCAGAAGGAACUCGAGGCGGCGCGUCGUGAAUUGAAAGUAUUGGCGCAAACAAAUACCAAUCUAGAGAAGCGUUUGUAUCGUGCCAAUGAAGAACUAGAGAAUACGAAGAGUGCAUUGGCGCUGCUAAAGAACGCCGAACGUGAGCUCAAAGAAUCGAUGCGUGUCGAUGAUGAGAAAAAGGAUAAACAAAUAAAAAGUUUGAAGAAACAACGAGCCGAUCUGCUCAAUGCCUACAAGAAGCAACUUUUUCUCAUCGAUAAUCUCAAGCGACAGAAUAUUUGCAUGGAGCAGUCGAAAAUGAUCAGUUUUGGCGAGAAAGAAUUUACCAAAGUACUAGAAUGGAAUACUAAGUUAUAGGCAAUGAAGAGCAUACGUAAUGACGCUAUCAUUUUGUAACUCAGCUUUAAAUUUUGUCUAUGUAUGAGUAUAAGUAUGCCUACGAUCUGUACGAACUGAUAUUAACCUAUUAAGUCCAUCUAUAGUCCUCCAGAAUGUAAGUGAACGUUUUAAAGGUAACUUACG